AAUUCUGGGAAGUGUGAUGAAUGGAGCGGACGACAGUAAUGUCGUUAAGAUAGCUGUUUACAUUGUUCGUUUCUCAAAUAACUAUGGUUUUGUAGCACCAGGGGAAAAGAGGGAUCGCUUAAAAUUUCAGACUGUUAUAUGAACGCAACUAACUGCACGCCGGAGGUAACAGAAUGUACGCCGUGUACCGGCAAGCUCACUACCCCACAGCCGUGGAGUUCUCCGUGUACUGCAACUUCAUAUCAAGCGAAGAAAAGAAUCUGGUGGUUGCUGGAACGUCUCAGCUUUAUGUCUACAGGACCAUUCAUGAUUAUGAGAGCUCUUCAAAAACAGAAAAAACAUCAGAUGGCAAGAGUCGCAAAGAGAAGCUGGAGCAGGUAGCAUCCUUCUCCCUGUUCGGGAAUGUCAUGUCUAUGGCCAGCGUUCAGCUGGUAGGCACCAGCAGAGAUGCUCUGCUCCUCAGCUUCAAAGAUGCCAAGCUCUCUGUGGUGGAGUAUGACCCAGGAACACAUGACCUCAAGACACUUUCACUGCACUUCUUUGAAGAGCCAGAGCUCCGGGAUGGUUUUGUCCAGAACGUGCACAUUCCCAUGGUGCGUGUGGAUCCGGAGAACCGCUGUGCUGUGAUGUUGGUGUAUGGAACACAGCUCGUGGUUCUGCCCUUCAGAAAGGACACGCUGACCGACGAACAGGAAGGAAUCGUGGGAGAAGGGCAGAAAUCCAGUUUCCUCCCCAGUUACAUUAUUGAUGUGCGUGAGCUGGACGAGAAGCUCCUGAAUAUUAUUGAUAUGAAGUUUCUCCAUGGUUACUAUGAACCCACCCUGCUUAUUCUCUAUGAGCCCAACCAGACAUGGCCGGGGCGCGUGGCUGUGCGACAGGACACCUGCAGCAUCGUGGCCAUCUCUCUGAACAUCAUGCAGAAGGUCCAUCCUGUUAUCUGGUCUCUCAGUAACCUGCCCUUUGACUGCAUGCAGGUCAUGGCUGUGCCCAAACCCAUAGGUGGCGUUGUGGUUUUUGCUGUGAAUUCCCUGCUGUACCUGAACCAGAGUGUCCCACCUUUCGGAGUGUCCCUCAACAGCCAGACCAACGGGACAACUGCCUUCCCCCUGCGUGUUCAGGAGGAGGUGAAGCUCACUCUGGACUGCUCUCAAGCCACCUUCAUCAGCUCCGAUAAAAUGGUCAUUUCUCUCAAAGGAGGAGAAAUUUACGUGCUGACUCUCAUAACGGAUGGCAUGAGAAGUGUGCGGGCAUUCCACUUCGACAAGGCUGCUGCCAGCGUUCUCACCACCUGUAUGGUAACCAUGGAACCAGGCUGUCUGUUCCUGGGCUCCCGCCUGGGCAACUCACUGCUGCUGAAGUACACUGAGAAGCUGCAGGAGACCCCAUUGGAGGAGGGUAGAGAGAGGGAGAGUGACAAGCAGGAAGAACCACCAAACAAAAAGAAGCGGGUGGACUCCAACACUAACUGGACCGCAGGGAAGGCCCCACUGUUGGAUGAACUGGAUGAGAUUGAGGUGUAUGGGAGUGAAGCCCAGUCCGGCACUCAGCUGGCCACCUACUCCUUCGAGGUGUGUGACAGCAUCCUGAACAUUGGGCCAUGUGUGAAUGCGUCCAUGGGAGAGCCGGCCUUCCUCUCAGAAGAGUUCCAGAGUAACCCAGAGCCAGAUCUGGAGGUAGUGGUGUGUUCUGGAUAUGGCAAAAAUGGUGCCCUGUCUGUGUUGCAGAGGAGCAUCAGACCUCAAGUGGUCACGACCUUUGAACUUCCUGGAUGUCAUGAUAUGUGGACAGUUAUUUCCAGCGAGGAGAAGCCGGAGCAGCAGCCUCCAGCAGAGGGCGAGAGUGAGUCUCCAGAGCAGGAGAAGCAGGAGCCCCCAGUAGAAGAUGAGAAGAAUAAGCAUGGCUUCCUGAUUCUGAGCAGAGAGGAUUCCACCAUGGUCCUGCAGACAGGCCAGGAGAUCAUGGAGCUGGACACCAGUGGCUUUGCCACUCAGGGCCCCACUGUUUUCGCUGGCAACAUCGGGGACAAUAAGUACAUCAUCCAGGUGUCGCCCAUGGGUCUCCGGCUCCUGGAGGGAGUCACGCAGCUACACUUCAUCCCCGUCGACCUGGGCUCUCCCAUAGUACAGUGCUCUGUGGCUGACCCCUACGUGGUUGUCAUGACGGCAGAGGGCGUGGUCACCAUGUUCGUGCUGAAGAGUGAUGUCUACAUGGGGAAGACCCACCGGCUGGCUCUACAGAAGCCCCAGCUGCACACGCAGUCACGUGUGAUCACUCUGUGUACGUACCGUGACGUGAGUGGCAUGUUCACCACUGAAAACAAGGUGAACUUUCCGGCCAAAGAGCAAGCCAUGGCCAGCAACCACGCAGAGACUGAGACUGUCAUCCAGGACAUCAGUACCACAGUGGACGAUGAAGAGGAGAUGCUGUAUGGGGAGUCCAGCCCUCUCACCAGCCCCAGUAAGGAGGAGACAUCGCGAGGCUGCCCCGCAGGUGUGGCCCCCACUCAGGGUGAACGACGGGGCAAGCAGGAGCCCACACACUGGUGCCUGGUGGUGCGCGAGAACGGUGUCAUGGAGAUCUACCAGCUCCCUGACUGGCGUUUGGUGUUCCUGGUGAAAAACUUCCCUGUUGGUCAACGAGUGUUGGUUGACAGCUCAGCAGGCCAAUCAGCCACUCAAGGGGAGAUGAAAAAGGAGGAAGUGACACGACAAGGAGAGAUCCCAUUGGUCAAAGAGGUGGUCCUGGUAUCGCUAGGCUACAACCACAGUCGACCGUAUUUGCUGGCUCAUGUUGACCAGGAGCUUCUGAUCUAUGAGGCGUUUCCAUAUGACCAGCAGCAGGCUCAGAGCAACCUCAAAGUUCGCUUUAAGAAGAUGCCACACAACAUCAAUUUCAGAGAGAAGAAAUCAAAGCUGAAAAAAGACAAGAAACCAGAGGGCAGUGUGGAGGAGCCUGUAGGGGUCAGAGGUCGCGUGGCCAGGUUCCGAUACUUUGAGGACAUUUCUGGAUACUCUGGGGUGUUCAUCUGCGGUCCUUCUCCUCACUGGAUGUUUGUGACGUCUCGCGGCGCGAUGAGGCUCCACCCCAUGACCAUUGAUGGGCCAAUCGAAUCUUUCUCCCCAUUCCACAACAUCAACUGCCCCAAGGGCUUCCUCUACUUCAACAAACAGGGUGAACUAAGGAUAAGUGUGCUACCGACAUACCUCUCUUACGACGCUCCUUGGCCAGUUCGUAAAAUUCCACUGAGGUGUACUGUCCACUAUGUCACCUACCAUGUGGAGUCUAAGGUCUACGCUGUGUGCAGUAGCAUUAAGGAGCCUUGUACGCGUAUCCCCAGAAUGACGGGAGAGGAGAAAGAGUAUGAGGUCAUAGAGAGGGAUGAGCGUUACAUUAACCCUCAGCAGGAGAAGUUCUCCAUUCAGCUGAUCUCUCCAGUGAGCUGGGAGGCAAUCCCGAAUACUCGGAUUGAUCUGGAAGAGUGGGAACAUGUGACCUGUAUGAAGACGGUGGCUCUGAAGAGUCAGGAGACGGUGUCUGGCCUGAAGGGCUACGUGGCUGUGGGCACUUGCUUAAUGCAGGGGGAGGAGGUCACCUGUAGGGGGCGUAUCCUCAUCCUAGACGUGAUUGAGGUGGUGCCAGAGCCUGGGCAGCCUCUCACCAAGAACAAGUUCAAAGUGCUUUAUGAGAAGGAGCAGAAGGGCCCCGUCACAGCACUGUGCCACUGUAACGGCUACUUGGUGUCAGCUAUUGGUCAGAAGAUAUUCCUGUGGAGUCUGAAGGACAAUGACCUGACAGGCAUGGCCUUCAUAGAUACGCAGCUCUACAUCCAUCAGAUGUACAGCAUUAAGAACUUCAUCCUGGCAGCAGACGUGAUGAAGAGCAUAUCCCUGCUCCGCUACCAGGAGGAGAGCAAGACACUGUCCCUCGUCAGCAGGGAUGCUAAGCCGCUGGAGGUUUACAGCAUAGAGUUUAUGGUGGACAACGGCCAGCUGGGCUUUCUUGUGUCAGACCGUGACAAAAACCUGCUGGUGUACAUGUAUCUCCCAGAAGCCAAGGAGAGCUUUGGGGGCAUGCGACUGUUGCGGAGGGCAGACUUCAACGUGGGCGCCCACGUGAACACCUUCUGGAGGAUGCCCUGCCGCGGCGUCCUGGACCCGGCCAGCAAGAAGGCACUCACCUGGGACAACAAACAUAUCACCUGGUUUGCCACUCUGGAUGGUGGAGUCGGUUUGCUGUUGCCCAUGCCAGAGAAGACGUACCGCAGGUUGUUGAUGUUGCAGAAUGCCCUCACCACCAUGCUGCCACACCAUGCGGGGCUCAACCCCAAGGCCUUCAGAAUGCUGCACACUGACCGGCGAACACUGCAGAAUGCGGUGCGGAACAUUCUGGAUGGCGAGCUGCUCAACAAAUACCUCUACCUGAGCACGAUGGAACGCAGCGAGCUGGCAAAGAAGAUUGGAACCACCUCCGACAUAAUUUUGGAAGACCUGCUGGAAAUUGACAGAGUUACUGCGCACUUCUGAAAAGGUUAUGCCCCCAUUUAUGACCUCCCCAGCUGACUCUGCCCAUUGCUGUUUUAUGGAGUGUCAACUUGUUUUACACUGUUAAAUAUGCAUGACAGUAACAAUACCAUUUUCCAUAGAAUGUUAGAAUAUUUUGUAUUCCAAAUAAAAUGAUUCAGAGGAAACAUA